AUGUCAGACAGCACCAGCUUUCACGAGGAGUUAUCCCAGCAGUCGAAUUCCCCUGAAGACCCUGCCUUGGAGCCACCAAUCAAAGGCCAGAAGAUUUUCUUUGCCCCAUCUGGUAAUGAAAAAACCUUUAUCGAUCACGACUGCAAGCUUGACGGUGAUGGAUAUCCGCUGUAUCCCAAUCGCAAGACAAUCUUUGUCAAAACUCCCGAUAUGAUUGUCCACAAUUGGGGAUUUGUUGGAUUCCCCAAGACAUCAAAUGUGGAAUGGCGAGCGGAUCGAACCUGGAAAAUGAUCCGAAUGUUUUGCCUUGGCGCUUUCAUCUGUAACCAGCCCGGAUGCCAGUGGGUAGGUUCUCCGCCAACCGCCAAGGAUGCAAUAGCUGAAUACUUGCAAACGGAUCCAAAAUGCCCAGGUGCAGCCGGGAAAUGUCCUGGGAAAGUCGGACAUCUGGCAUGCAAGAACACCAUCACUCGGAUCGAUGAAAACACCAUAACAAAAUGGGGUAUUCUCCGACACCAUGGCACCCACAACCACCCAUGGCCAGCCCCAAAGAAGCCGGACCCACUGGCCAAGCUCAAGCUCAAGAAGGAGAUUAUGAAAAACCCAACUGCUGGGGCUUUCAAGCUCAAGUUAGGCAAGCCAACAGCCCCUUUGAACCCAUUUGAGAGUGUGACCCAGAUCCACGAGGCCUUUGUGAACAUGGAUCGGUUGCGCUACCAUCGUCGACUUGUCCUCACCGAACUCGGAGUCAACCCAGAGAAGGGAGGAGCUGGAUUAGGAGAUAAGUUCUUACAUGAUAUGUUUCAAUGGAACCACAUGGGGCUUCUCAUCAUUUCAUCAUCUUUCAAACCAGGUAUCGAACAUUUCACUUUUCAAACAAAGUGGAUGGGGGAACGAUUGGUCACCCGUGAUCACAACAACGAGGUUUACAGCGGGGGGCUCCUAUCGGACGUGACCUACAGACUCUUUGAGACCGGCUAUCUACUAUCCACAUCGAUGUUCUGCGAAGAGACCGCCCGUUGGAUACCAGUUCAGCUCUCCUGGAUCCGAGGGCUUAGCGCGGAAUACUACCAGGCCCAUUUUGCUACACUCUUUGAGCAGUUUGAUCGGCCCUCUUUCACAACAGCAGAUCGCGAGACCCUCGUUCGCCAGGUUGUAGAUUUCUCACUGGCUCAGAGGGAGGGGUUCAUUGCGGCUUACAUGAAGGUGUUUGGAGUCACCGAUCGACAACAAGCCCUUUCAAAGUUGAAGGGCUGCCAUGAGCAUUUUCGUGCGCAGGUCACCCGUGUGAAACGCAAUCGGGCGGUUGUCCCACCGGAGCAAGAAGUAUGA